AUGGGUAAAAGUUACGUUAUAGUGAUUAAAUUGGGUUCAUCUUCGCUCGUUGAUGAGAAGACUAAGGAACCCAAGCUUUCUAUCAUGUCUCUGAUAGUAGAGACUGUAGUAAAUCUGCGCCGUAGGGGACAUAAAGUCAUUAUUGUGUCGAGUGGUGGUAUUGCCGUUGGUCUGAAGACAUUGAAUCUGGAAUCAAGACCUAAAAAGCUAUCCAAGGUGCAAGCUAUAGCAGCUGUUGGUCAAGGUAGAUUGAUCGGUAGAUGGGAUUCAUUAUUUUCCCAGUUUGACCAGAGAAUUGCACAAAUUCUUAUAACAAGAAAUGAUAUUGUUGAUUGGACUCAGUACAAAAACGCUCAAAACACCAUUAGUGAGUUGUUAGCUAUGGGUGUUGUUCCUAUUGUUAACGAAAAUGACACUUUAUCGGUAAGUGAAAUCAAGUUUGGUGAUAAUGAUACCUUGUCUGCAAUCACAGCAGCAAUAAUUGGUGCAGAUUACUUGUUUUUGUUGACAGACGUCGACUGUUUAUACACGGAUGACCCAAGAUCAAAUCCGGAUGCAUCGCCUAUUUUAGUCGUGCCAGAUUUAUCACAGGGCUUGCCAGGCGUAAAUACUGAUGGUGGCUCAGGUUCUGAUGUUGGUACUGGAGGUAUGAAAACAAAGCUUAUUGCUGCUGAGUUAGCAACCAAUGCAGGUGUUCAUACUAUUAUUAUGAAGAGUGAUUCGCCAGAAAAUAUCUCCAAAAUUGUUUUAUACAUGCAAAAAAGAGAUGAGAUUGUUCUUGACCUUACAGAUGAUCUCUCUAAACUUCAAUUGUCGGAGCUAAAAAGUUUACAAGAGAAUGAUGUACCAAUGCAUACUAGAUUUAUUGCAAAUGACAACCAACACCAUUUAAAAAAUAGGGAAUUCUGGAUGCUCCACGGUCUUGUUAGUCAAGGUGCUGUUAUAAUUGAUGCCGGAGCAUACAAGGCUUUGACAAGAAAGAACAAGGCUGGUCUAUUACCAGCUGGUGUUAUUGAUGUGGAAGGCAGUUUCCAUGAACAUGAAUGUAUAGAUUUGAAAUUAGGGGCAAGAGACGCAAAAGGUGAACUAGAUAGAUCAGUUCCAUUGCAAACUGUAGGUAGAGCUCGUUGCAACUACACAAGUGUAGAGCUCUCGAAGAUUAAAGGUCUUCAAAGCUCUGAAAUUGAAGAUGUUCUCGGCUAUGCUGACAGUGAAUAUGUUGCACAUAGAGAAAACUUGGCAUUUCCUCCACAUUGUCCCACGGCAGAAGGUGAUUAA